AUGCCGAUCGCCCAGCAGACGAGCUUAGGAUGGAUCUUGUCCGGAGGCUACGACGCCGCAGCACCCGAAGGCCAUCGCCGCACGUUCCAGUGCACCACAGACCACGACCUCGCUAACAUGGUUCGACGCUUCUGGGAGCAGGAACGCGAGCCAGUAGCUGGGACACCGCUCACCGCCGACGAAGCCAGGUGCGAAGACUUCUACGUGCGCACGGUCACUCGCACGUCCAGUGGCAGGUACAUGGUGAGGCUGCCAUGUACUUCACCGCCGCCGACAUCGCUCAGCGAGACUCGUCGACCCGCAGAGCGCCUCCUGGAAGCCAUGGAGCGGAAGGGAGCACGAGAUCCUCGCUUCGGUGACCUCUAUCGAGAUUUCAUGGAGGAAUACGAGAACCUGCAACAUAUGGAGGAUCGUCGCCUGCAAACCAUCUUGUGGCGCCACACCAGCUCUGAUGACGUCCACGAGUACGAGCUGAGGACCGUGACCUACGGGCUAGCGUGUGCACCCUUUCUCGCCAUCAGGACUCUUCAUCAACUCGCAGCAGACGAAGAGGCACGAUAUCCACGCGGAGUCAAGGCACUGCGACACGACUGCUACGUCGACGACGUGGUCACCGGCGCUGAUAGCUUGGAGGACGCUAUCGACCUUCAGCAGGAACUACGGAGUCUUUGCAUGGUGCUCACCGGAGUUCCACCGGAACAUCGGCAUCAACGCAAACCGCACUCAUGGGAGGGAGAGAGUCACGCUACCUUGGGCCUCCGAUGGCAUCCGCAAGGUGACUGGUUCUCCUUCACCAUACGUCCGCGUGCAAUCACCGACUUCACGAAGCGACGAGUUUUGGCCGAGACGGCUCGACUCUUUGACCCGAUGGGGUGGCUCGCACCUGUCGUCAUCAGAGCCAAAAUUCUGAUUCAGACGACGUGGCUUCAACGGCUGGACUGGGACUCCCCGCUGCCUGAUCAGGACGCACACCGCUGGAGGCAGUUGUUGAAUCAGCUUCCUCUUCUAGAUGACAUCCGCAUAACUCGCUGGCUCAACACUGGGACCGACCAUUCACAACUGCAGCUCCAUGGGUUUGCCGACGCAUCAGAGCGAGGGUACGCCGCCGUGGUGUACAUCCGCAACGCUGCAACAGAGAAAACAUCAAUCAACCUGUUGAUGGCAAAAUCCAAGGUCGCACCUGUCAAGCAGGUGUCGUUACCUCGCUUGGAACUCUGUGCAGCAGCUCUACUUACCACGCUCAUGCUCCACGUGCGCUCUACUCUCGGUUUGACAGCGACGCCAGUGCAUCUGUGGUCAGAUUCAAAGGUCACGCUCCACUGGAUUCAAGGACACAGCACCCGCUGGAAAACCUUUGUCGCCAAUCGAGUGUCUCAGAUCCAGACCCUGCUGCCAGACGCUCAAUGGAGACACAUCGCUGGACGAGAGAAUCCUGCAGAUUGUGCAUCACGCGGUGUUACUCCUGACGAACUCAUUAAGCAUAAACUGUGGUGGACAGGACCUACCUGGCUGUCAGGAGACGAGACUGCAUGGCCUUGUUCCGUCAUCGAAGCCGCAGAGGAUGACCUCCCGGAGCAGCGAGCCACCAGUUUGGUGGUCAAGGCACCGAUCACGGCCGAACCUGACCUCCUCCUCCGGUUCCCGACGCUACAAAGGCUGCUGCGAGUUACUGCAUGGUGUCGGCGAUGGCUCAAUCCGGCGAGACGCGACGUCAUACUUGGCCGCACUUUGCAUCCGGACGAGCUGGACGUCGCCUUAUUUCGAUGGCUGCGAGUGGUGCAGGCGCUCCACUUUCCUACGGACGUAGCUGCGGCCUCUGCUGGACGCACUAGUCCACCGCGAAGCCACCUAGCGAGGUUGAGUCCGGUCCUCGAUGAUCAAGGCGUGCUGCGCGUCGGAGGACGUCUCAAGCAUGCUCAGCUACCACUCGACGAAAGACAUCCAAUGAUCAUCCCGGCGGCAUCAUGGUUGACUCGGCUGGUGAUUGAUUCCUGCCACCGACGGACACUGCACGGAGGUGUGCAACUGACUCUCGGCUUGCUCCGCCUGCGUUUCUGGGUGCCCCGAGGAAGGACCACCGUCAAACAGCAGCUACACCGAUGCGUGACCUGCACUCGAUGGCGCGCCGCAACACCACAGCCUCCGAUGGGUAACCUUCCUCGGGACCGAGUAACGCCAACUCGACCGUUCCUCAGCACCGGUUUGGACUACGCGGGACCAAUCCUCCUCCGGACCAGCAAGGGGCGUGGACACCGUGCGCACAAGGGAUACAUCGCCGUCUUCGUCUGCUUCUGGUCGAAGGCCAUUCACUUAGAAGUUGUCUCGGACUACACCUCGGAGGCCUUCAUCGCCGCGCUGCGCCGCUUCAUCUCCCGCCGGGCACUCUCAGAUGAUCCAGAGGACGUCUCGGCGCUGACCCCCGGUCACUUCCUCGUUGGGGCACCGCUCCUCGCCUUGCCGGAACCGUCAUUGACAGAGCAGACGGUGUCCACCUUGUCACGUUGGCGUCAUCUGCAGCGGAUGAGGGAUCACUUCUGGCAGCGAUGGUCAUCCGAAUACGUGCACGGACUCGCCCCACGCACCAAGUGGCUCAAGGAUGCACCUGCACCCCACGUCGGCGAUCUCUGUCUCGUGCGCUCCGAGAUCACCCCUCCGAGCCGAUGGCCUCUCGCUCGCAUAUUGCGUUUGCACCCCGGAGACGACGGAAUUACACGCGUCGUGACCAUCCGAACGGCCACGUCCGAGCUCGUGCGCCCACUCGUCAAGCUCGUGUUUCUUCCGGGCGUGAACGACGCGCCUACACCGCACAUUGACACAUAG